UGAAGUCCUCAACAUUCAGAGCGAGUUCCCAGUAAAUUACUCUGGAGAGGGUGGAACUGUCAAAGUUACACUCAUAGAGGAGAAAAAUAACCGCAGUUCUGUCAAAAAACAUUUUCUAUUUGCCUGGCAGCGAGAUUAAGAAGUCUCCUUUACCACUGCAACUUUGGCAGCCCAAACAUGGAUAAAAACUGCGCUUCUGCAGAAUAGAGAAUGAAGAACACAAGAAACAGCGCAGCAAUGCAAUUUAAAACUGGGCUCCUCCUGGCUACGCUGUUCGCUCUCGGCUGCAGUGGCUUACAAGACAAGAAAGUGUGUCAGGGGAUCAGCAACAGAUUGACUCGUUUGGGAACUCAUGAAGACCAUUACAACAAUAUUGUAAGGAUGUACAGAAACUGUACAGUAGUACUGGAGAAUCUGGAGAUUACCUAUGUAGAAGAAAACCGUGAUCUGUCUUUCUUAAAGACUAUCCAAGAGGUUGGUGGAUAUGUGCUGAUCGCACUCAACAAUAUAGCAAAACUCCCCCUGGAAAACCUGCAGAUAAUCAGAGGUCACACACUCUAUGAAAACAAAUAUGCUCUGGCAGUUUUGUCUAACUAUGAUAAAAAUUCUACUGUGGGGGUGACAGAACUGCCCUUAAGAAGCCUAACAGAGAUUCUCAAAGGAGGAGUGAAAUUCACCAACAACGUGUUGCUUUGUAACCUGGAUACCAUCCAGUGGAAUGAUAUUGUAGACUUCAAAGCAAGCCCUGAAAUGGUUCUUCCCUCAGUGAAUAACAAGCCACAUUGUCAAAAAUGUGAUCCGAAGUGCAUCAAUGGGUCAUGCUGGGCACCAGGUCCUGACAACUGCCAAACUUUGACCAGGCUAAUCUGUGCUGAUCAGUGCUCUGGGAGGUGUAAGGGCUCAAAUCCGAGUGACUGCUGCAAUGACCACUGUGCGGCAGGCUGUACAGGACCCAGGCCAACUGACUGCCUGGCCUGCCGUGCAUUCCAGGAUGAUGGGACCUGCAAGGAUGCCUGCCCUCAGCUGAUGCUGUAUGACCCCAACACACACCAGCUAGAGGUUAAUCCAAAGGGGAAAUACAACUUUGGAGCCACUUGUGUGAAGAACUGCCCACAUAACUAUGUUGUAACAGACCAUGGCUCAUGUGUGAGGACUUGUAGCUCUAAAACCUACGAAGUGGAUGAAAAUGGGUUGCGAAAAUGCAAAAAGUGUGAAGGGCCCUGUCCAAAAGCCUGCAAUGGAUUAGGCAUGGGAAACCUGAAGGAUGCCCUGUCUAUUAAUGCAACCAACAUUGAUUCCUUCAAAGACUGCACUACAAUCAACGGUGAUGUUUCCAUCCUACCUGUCACUUUUGCUGGCGAUAAAUUCACAAACACUGCUGCACUGGACCCAGCUAAACUGAAUGUUUUUAAGACUGUUAAAGAAAUCACAGGGUUUUUGCUGGUUCAGCAUUGGCCUGCAAAUCUUACUGAUCUCAGUCCUUUUGAAAAUAUAGAAAUUAUUCGUGGAAGGACAAAACAGCAUGGCACAGUUUCCCUUGCUGUGGUGAAUAUUCAGAUCAGUUUUCUGGGACUGCGUUCUUUGAAGGAGAUUAGUGAUGGAGAUGUGGUGAUAAGAAAUAACCCCAACCUUUGUUACACUGACACAUUCCAGUGGAAUAAACUUUUUAAGUCAGACAAACAAACGCAUAUUAGAGUUUCUUUAAAUGGCAAACCAGAUAAAUGUGCUGCUCAUGUUUGCGAUGAGUUGUGUACUGAUGAAGGAUGUUGGGGCCCUGGUCCCUCCAUGUGUUUUUCGUGUCAGUUUCAUAUACGGUCCCAAGAAUGUGUGGAAAAGUGCAAUGUCCUACAAGGGGACCCGAGGGAAUUUGUGGAAGGAACCAGAUGUCUUCAGUGUGAUUCAGAGUGCCAGCCACAGAAUGGGACCAAUACCUGCACUGGACCUGGCCCAGACAAGUGUACUGAGUGCGCCCAUUUCAAAGAUGGCCCCCACUGUGUGCCAAAAUGCCCCGCUGGCAUCCCAGGUGAAAACAACACUAUUAUUUGGAAAUACUCAGAUGAAAACCAGGUGUGCCAGCUGUGUCAUCUGAAUUGCAGCCAAGGAUGUACAUUCCCUGGACUUGAUAGUCCGACAAAUGGUAGUCCCACACUAUCAUCUAUUGCUGCUGGAGUGGUUGGCGGCCUCCUCUGUUUUGUAAUCGUAGCUCUGAUGGUGUUCGUCUUAAUGCGCAGACGUCACAUCAAGAGAAAGAGGACACUGCGCAGGUUACUGCAAGAGAGAGAGCUGGUGGAGCCAUUAACUCCAAGCGGAGAAGCACCAAACCAGGCCCUGCUGAGGAUCCUCAAAGAGACAGAGUUUAAAAAGAUGAAGGUUCUUGGCUCUGGAGCUUUUGGCACAGUGUACAAGGGUCUAUGGAUUCCUGAAGGGGAAGAUGUGAAGAUUCCUGUUGCCAUUAAGGUUUUGAGAGAAGCGACCUCUCCAAAAGCCAAUAAAGAGAUCCUGGAUGAGGCCUAUGUUAUGGCCAGUGUUGACAAUCCCCAUGUUUGCCGCCUUCUGGGAAUUUGCCUGACCUCCACGGUGCAGCUGAUUACCCAGCUCAUGCCGUAUGGCUGCCUGCUUGACUACAUCAAAGAGAACAAGGAUAACAUCGGCUCCCAGUACCUCCUCAACUGGUGUGUGCAGAUUGCCAAGGGGAUGAGUUACCUGGAGGAUCGGCAUUUGGUGCACCGUGACCUGGCUGCUAGAAAUGUGCUGGUGAAGACCCCGCAGCACGUAAAGAUCACGGACUUUGGGCUUGCCAAGCUGCUGAAUGCAGAUGAGAAAGAAUACCAUGCAGAUGGAGGAAAAGUCCCAAUUAAAUGGAUGGCCUUGGAAUCAAUUUUACACAGGAUCUACACACAUCAGAGUGAUGUCUGGAGUUAUGGUGUGACUGUUUGGGAGUUAAUGACUUUUGGAUCAAAGCCUUACGAUGGUAUCCCAGCUAGCGAGAUUGCAGGGGUCCUUGAGAAAGGGGAGCGUCUGCCCCAGCCUCCAAUCUGCACAAUUGAUGUAUACAUGAUUAUGGUCAAAUGCUGGAUGAUUGACGCAGACAGCAGGCCGAGAUUUAGGGAGCUGAUUGCAGAAUUCUCUAAAAUGGCUCGGGAUCCUUCUCGCUACCUCGUCAUUCAGGGUGAUGAAAGAAUGCACUUGCCGAGCCCCUCUGACUCCAGAUUCUACCGCACCUUGAUGGACGGAGAGGACAUGGAGGAUAUUGUGGAUGCUGACGAGUAUCUUGUUCCCAACAAUGGGUUUUUCAACAGCCCAUCCACUUCCAGAACACCGCUGUUCAACUCAGUGAGUAUUAAUAGCAACAUGGAAGCAACUACCUGUGCUAACAGUAAUGGGGGACAUCCAACAAGAGACGACAGCUUCAUCCUUCGAUACAGCACAGAUCCCACAGGCCCGCUGUCAGAUGAAUGUCUGGAAAAGGAUUUUGAACCUGCACCAGAAUAUGUGAACCAGAAUGGACGCUCAUUGUCUGAAAUGAUGAACCCCAUUUACCAGGAUGUCCUCCUUCCUCGCAGCCCCACUGAGAGAGCUGAAGACUCUCACUAUCUGAAUUCUGUCAGCAACACUGUGGACAACCCAGAGUACCUGAAUACCAACCCGCCUGUUCUCCCCAGGCCAGUCUUUGAUAAUCCACGCUACUGCGACCAAAAAUUCCACCACCAAACCAGUCUGGACAAUCCUGAUUAUCAGCAGGACUUUUUUCCGUUAAUAUCAAAAGCAAAUGGUCACUUUCCUGCAACUGAGAAUGUUGAAUAUUUGGGCUUAACAGCACAGCCAAAGGCCCACUAGGACAAUGCUGUUUGACUGCUCUUAUAGCCUCUCUAAGAAUGGCAUUCCAAAUGUUCUGAGUGUCUGUGGAGCCAAUUCGGUGUAAUAAUUAAAAACAACCCUAGUGGUUUUCUCAUAGAAAGGGGUGCAUUGUAAGCAGUUCUCAAAUUUAGUUAUUUUCCAGUCAUUGAACAUUAUGACAUUGUGCUUGAACACAAACAACUUCAAGACUUUUUGGAUUUAUCCUUCUUUAUUUGAGGUUUACAAUUGUUCCCCUGAAAACUUCACACACAUACAGAUAAGAAAAGUUUAGAGUAUAUUCACAGCUGUAAAUAAGCUAUCAGCCUUGGAUUGUCAUCUAUGUGGGUUGCUACUUGUUUUGAAGAAAGGAUUCAUUCAUUUUAGCAAGCAAAGACUUCCAAGCUUCACCACCUUAGCAUCAACAUGCCCUUGAUGACAAUAGAUUAAACUAUUUAUUUUUUUCCUGAUAGAGAAAUGCUUCUCAAGUCAGUGCAAAAAGACAUUGCACAUGGCAUUGCAUUUAACACAGUAUUUAUUGGAGCCAAAAUGAUGCCUAGGUUUUCAUGAGUACCCAAGGACAUCUGCCUGUCUACAUUGAAUGGGUAGUAGUUUCAGUGUGGGAUUAUUCUUGCACAUGAUUUCAGCAGGGAAAAAGCCUAAUGCAGUAUAAGGAGAAGUUAGAGCAGAAUAGACAGGAACAAGACAAGGAGUAGGCAUCAAUGGCAUUAAGUACUAUAGUGGGCAUUUCUUGUCAGAGCCUCUUUUUUGUCAAUUUUAAUCACAAAAUAAACAAGUCACACCAAACUGCAAUAUCAUUGGCAUACUCAUAAAUUUUAAAAAAUCUUUGUGAACGUUGUUGGAAAAUGACUAACUCAAAACAAAAGAUUUUGCUAUUUUGUUCUGCAAGAUAUUCUACAUAUAACACUGCGACUGUCCCUUUUAACUUCCAACACCAACAUAUUUACAUUAUAGACUGGUUUAAAAUGAACUUUUUUGUUUACAGUAAAUCCUGUACAAUCGUGUGUCAUUGGGACCGGAAAAUUGUGCCAGAUUAGACAAUGUACUGGAUUACAGUUACUGUAAAAAAUCAAAUACUGUACCUAACAAAAGGUAAAAUGACAAAUUUUUUGAACGCUUUAAAAAACAAAAACGUUAUUACUGUACAUACACAAUAUAAUAAACACAAUCAUACCUCAACAAAACCUUUUAUCUGUUAUUAUUACAAGCCAGUUUAAAUCAUUCCCAUAGAAAGAUGUUCACUUGUUUGUACUGUACCUGCAUGCAGUACACAGUCAAAUUUACAUAGAUUUUAGGCAAAAGUGACUUCAAAAUCAUGCCAGAUUUCAUAAUAGACAGAUUCCGGGUUAUAGAGAGUAUCAUACUAUUCAUUUCAGUCGGUAUUUGGUUGGUAUCCAAAAUCAUGCUGAAUUAUACAGAUAGAUGAUAUGUAGAGGGGCUGGAUUAGACAGGUUUUACUGUAUUUUUAAACAACAUAAAAUGGAAUUGUGGUUUGAAAAAUGUACUACACUAGAUAAAACAACAUGAAAAAGUUAAACCUUGUAUAGUAAAAAAUUAUGUAGGUAACUGGGUAUCUAAAAGGCGUUGUUCCUAUGGUUCUUAAUUAGAGGCUGACAGAUUUUUUUUUUUACUUCCCUAAGAAAUUACAGACCAUUGCAUUAAAUAUGUAUGGUUUAUUAAUGCAUAUUAACCAAAAUUCACUCAUUCAGUGACAAGAGGGACUUGGCUGUAUUUAGUUAUGGGAUGGCAUUCUGCUUUUGCACUACCGAUUUCGUCUACCUGGCUGUAAACCUAGUGUCAUAUAUAGCCUUCACUACUAAGUAUUAUAACCUCGGCAAGCAUGGCCACAAUUUGACCAACAGAUUUGGCUGUAUUAGAGUCCUGCAAGUCACAUGCUCUUAAUUGACAUUACAUGAAAUAUAUGUUUGUCAGCCAUGGUACAUUUACUGGGAAAUAAUGAGUUGACUUCAAAAAUAUCUGAUUUAAAACUAACCAGUGUGUACCAAAUCCCAUAUAUAAUUCUGAAAUCUAAUAGUUUUGUUUCCUCUUGCAAGGUCUAGCUUUAGUUAAUUUGGAUGUGCUAAAGUUCCAUUUAAGUUGUCUGUUAGAAAAAAGUAUUGCUUACUUCAACCUCAGCCUCACUCAAAUUUAGGAAUGUCUUUUCUGAAAAGCAUGUUGAGCAACUUGCAGCAAUUAGAUUCAUUUUUAGCAAUUUAUUGAUGAAAUGCAAAAGCACUAUUGUAAAUACAGUUUAUGAAAAAGCUGUCUUUUUUAAAAUGUUUAUUGGUCCUGAAAAAUUGUUUGUAUAUGGAGUGCAGUAUAAUGAUAGGUAAUUAUAUGCUAUGUAAACACUGAAAUAUUUGGAAUUGUAUGAUAUGCAAUGACUAUAUGAAUGUCAAUAAGGUAGUAACAUAAAAUAUUCAUCCAAUGGCAUUGGAAAGGUAUUCAAAAAUUGUAAGCCAUCCUUGCUAGUUUCAGUAAAGCUAUGUUUUAAAAGAAAAAAAAGUAAGACUAGCAAUAAGUCACUGUCAGCACCUUUCCAUUAAUUUCCUUGAGUGCAUGCUGCACUUACAAGUCAAUUUCAUUUUUGAGAAUAUAUUUAAUCAAUAUAAAAAUAAAGCUUUACUGUUUCACUGCCACCUUCAAGAUAUUAUACUGUUGCAUGUUGUAUAACUUUAAUAAAAAUUGUGUACAAUCUA